AUGGCUAGCUUCUACACUGCUCGUGACGUCUCUGAGAGCCGCCGCGAAAGGGAGACUUUCAGAUAUGACCCCUCCCUUAUCGCCCAGGCCUACCACAACGAUGUCAACAACAUCGUCCCGCCGUCGGAGCUGCGAUCCUCCCCCGACGCGGCUCUGACUGCCUUUGCCGAGCUUGGCGUGCUGCGUCUGAACGGUACCCGCGCGUUGAUAUCUCUGUUCGACAGCAAGUACCAGUACAUCGUCGCCGAAGCGACCCCCUCGCUGGCCCUGACCCCAAACGUCAAGCUAGAUGCGUCCGACGUGGAGCAACUCUUCCUGUCCGGCACCGCAGUUCCCCGAUCUGCUGGCAUAUGCGAAAUUGCCCUCGCCGUCCCUCUGUCGCCCGUCACAGAAGAUGUUCCAAACGAAAGCGAGUUGCCGGUGACGGUGAUCCCGGACAUGGCGACGGAUCCCAGAGCGGCCCAGCGGCCGUUCUGCCGCCAUGCGCCGCAAAAUCGUUUCUAUGCCGGGGUGCCUAUUCGGACACAUAGGGGCAUCAAUAUCGGCGUCUUUUGCGUCUUUGGAGACACGCCCCGCGAGUCACUCGACGCUGUGUCGAUGCGCGUUCUGCGGGACCUCUCCCAAAUUACCAUGGAAUACCUCGACACCAAGAGCAACAGGGAAAACCACCGUCGCUCAGAUAGAAUGGUUCGCGGCGUGGGCAGCUUUGUCGAGGGAAAGACGACAAUGUCCGGCUGGAGGAUGAACCCCAAUGUAGAUUCGUUCAAGGAUAAUCCGUCUCUCGAGGGUGGUCUCAACCAGAAUCAACAGCAGAUACAGAAAGAGGAGGAAGAGCUCGCGCAGGAAAAGGCCGCGGAGGGCGACAUUCCGUCACCACCAGUACGCCCGCAAGUUUCGCCGCUGCCGAGAAAGCGAUCUUCGCCAUCGCAAGCAGCCGCUGCAAAAGAGACGAUCGCGCCGUCGGUUUCGGAGAUAUCAGUGAAGACUGUAACGUCCGGGGCGAGCGGCGAGAACAUUCAGCAAGUCCAGAUUCAGCACGUCUUCUCAAAAGCAGCAAACGUGAUCCGCGAAGCCAUCGAAGUCGAGAGCGUGCUAUUCUUGGAUGCUACCAUAGGUUCUUUUGGAGGCCUGGCGGCCGCCGCUCGUUCGUCCAGCGGACACAGGUCGUCGGGGUCUACCAAGUCAAACUCGUCUUCCAGCGACGAAAGAGGCAGUCCGCGAAGCACUGCGAGCAGUGACGCUGGCGCGGAAGACACUCAAUGUCGCGUCCUCGGCUUUUCCACCUCGUCAUCCUCGAGCAUCGAUGGGAAGCUCCCGUCCCAAAGUCACGCAUCGAUAUCAGAAAAGUUCCUUAUUAAAUUGCUGCGGCGAUACCCCGAAGGCAACAUCUUCAACUUUGACGAGAACGGUUCCAUUCAAUCGAGUGACUUCUCGGGCGACGACACGAAGACGACACCGACUCCUGUCCAGGAACUGAGCGAGGCUGUGGUUUCGUCCGCGCACGCGCGAGAAAGUUCACACGCACACGAUAAAACUCACAAAUCCCGCCGAAGGGGUCGCAACCCAUUCUCACGCAAGAAUGAAGGGAAUAUGCUUACCUCAAUAUUUUCAGGGGCUCGAAGCAUAGCAGUUGUUCCUCUAUGGGACGUAAAGAAGCAGCGCUGGUUCGCCGGCGGGUUCGCUUGCACAAAGACCGCGACGCGGGUCCUGACCAUCGAAGGCGAACUCAGCUACCUCCGUGCUUUCGGCGCUGUCGUCAUGUCUGAGGUUGACCGCAUAAACACUAGACUAGUCGACAAGGCAAAGACGGAUUUGUUGAGCUCACUAUCCCACGAACUUCGAUCACCGCUACAUGGUAUUAUCCUCGGUACGGAACUGCUCCGCGAUACUCCCCUCGAUGCCUUCCAGGGCGAGACGUUGGUCUCGGUGGAAAACUGCGGCCGUACGCUUCUAGAGACGAUCGACCAUCUCCUGGACUGGAGUAAGAUCAACAACUUCAUUGGAUCCCAAUCAAAACGACGACGGAGCAGCGUUGGCGACCGUGGCCUGAGAGUUCGGGACGAGAAGGCAAACAUCGAGGCGGGCAUGAUGAGCAUCUCCUCCAAUGUGGAGAUCGACGUGCUUGCCGAGGAGGUCGUCGACAGCGUCUGCGCUGGCUUCAGCUACCAACGCAUGUCUGUCGCCCAACUUGUCAACAGCCGCGCCGCUGAUAACAUCGAACCGAACGCGAUGGCGAGACUGGACAGCAUGCAGGCGAUGGAGGACAUGGCAUCGAGCGGCGGAAAACACGGAGACGUGCAUUUGGUCCUCGGAGACGUAUCGGUCAAUUUCGACAUCAGCCCAGCCACCUCGUGGACGUUUCACACACAGCCCGGUGCGAUACGGCGGAUCAUCAUGAAUCUGCUGGGCAAUUCGCUCAAAUACACAAGCAGCGGCUUUGUCAACAUCAACGUGCACCAGAGCACUGUAAAGGGCAAUAACAAUGCAAAAGGCGCUCAUGUCGAGAUCGUCAUUACCGACUCAGGAAAGGGCAUUUCGGAAGACUAUCUUCAGAAUCACUUGUUUACCCCUUUCGCGCAGGAGGAUAACCUAUCCGCGGGCACAGGACUCGGGUUAAGCUUGGUGCACCAGAUUGUUGUCAAUCUAGGCGGGAGCAUUCACGUCUGGAGCAAGUUGAACCUCGGCACCAGAGUUACCGUUCGACUUCCCCUACAUGGUGCCAUUCAAUCUGCCGCAACAUCUGGUCCACUCAAGUCUGCGGGCUUCAACGAAUUCCAGGCGCAAGUGGCCGAGCUGAGAGGCCUUCGGGUCCGACUCUUGGGAUUCCCAACCGAUUACGGGGUCGAAAACCUCGAGGGUAUAUCUGGAACCAUUGCCAGCCAAAGUGCCCUACUAGAACACCUCUGCAGGGAAUGGCUGCACAUGCACCCUAUCGAAGAGCAGUCGGCCGAACCGCUUUACCCCGAUCUCAUCCUCUCCACUGACCGUCACCUGGACCAACUUUUAUAUGACCGACGCCAUGGCACUAUCAACACUCCAAUCGUGGUCAUUUGUCGCAAUGCCCUCGCCGCGCGUCAACUGUCCCUCUCGCCGAGAUUCACAACCAAAAACGUUGUCUUCGAGUUUAUUUCACAGCCUAUCGGCCCGAGAAAACUUGCAAAGGUCCUUCUGUUGAGCUUCAGGCGGUGGACGAAGCUACAAGCCGGCGUGAUCCCUACACCCACGGCCAUGUCCCUGGCCACCGAUCAACCCACCCCUGCGGAGGCCGGCGACCACGGACUGACGGGGCUGGGUUUAGCCAAGAUGGCCCGCAGUCCCGGUGCCAGCAGCACCGAGGCGUUUCCGGACGUGAACACCCCCAACGACGUGUUCUCCCCCGACUCGCAGAUCAGCGAGCCGCAGUUCCCUCCGAUCGAGAAACAACUGCAUCAAACCCCGCCCUCGGCGACAGAGAUCGGGAACCCCAUAGACGGCAUCGCCCUGCCCGACCGGUCCAAGGACGUCUCGCCGUCGACGCCGAACCUAGCGCCGUCGGCUGCUCCUGCCCCCCACCCCGGCGCGGCAACACUGACGACGCCCAAGCCGGACAAGCCGCGGCUCAUCAUCGUCGACGACAACCCGCUGAACCUCAAGAUCCUGGCCUCGUACUUAAAAAAGCUGGGCCACGUCUUCGACAGCGCGACAGACGGCAAGCAGGCCGUCGAGCUUUUCCAAAAGAACGCCGGCGGCGUCAGCUGCAUCCUCAUGGACAUCUCGAUGCCCGUCAUGGACGGCUUCGAGGCGACGCGGCGCAUCCGCGCGCAUGAGAAGGCGCAUGGAUUGUCUAGGUGUAACAUUUUUGCGCUCACAGGGCUGGCGUCCGCGGGCGCGCAGCAGGAGGCGUUUGCGAGCGGGAUCGAUUUGUUUUUGACGAAGCCCGUCAGGCUGAAGGAGUUGAGUAAGAUAUUAGAGACGAGGGGUAUUUCAUGA